GCAAUAUGGUUGGAGGCAUGCACGGUGAUGUUGGGUUUGUGUUGACGAUUCGAGAUUAGUUGGAGAAAUUGGAAUGAAAAUAAAGAAAGGAAAAGAAGGAAUUUCUAUAAUUAUGCUAAAAUAAUACAACUUUGCAUCUAUUGCGAUAAAUAUAACCGACCGGUUCAAUUUGAAUUUCGAUCCGGCUGUAAACGCAUCGAACUGUCAUACGCCUCGAAACGUCAUACACCGCGCGCCAUUUUCGCUACCCGGCAUCUGCACGGCAAAUCCUCGGUCGGCGGCAGUCGCGCUUGCUGAAUUUUGUUGUUUGAAGUGUUUUCUUUUGCUCCGAUUUUGGAAGGUGUGGUGCUGUGGCAAGGUCUUUGAUACUCCAUUCGUCGGCGGGGCAAACGAAGAUUUGAUCGCUCGCUUGCUAGUGCUGGAUGCACAAAAGUCUCAUAAACCACGAAACCCAAGGUCUUCGAUUCGAUAUCCGGUUUUUGAUCAAGGCCGCACGAUAGUGUGUUGUGGGGAAGAACAACAGAAAAAACAACAAAGUUCUAUUCCAGCUUGUAGAUUUGGAAUCAUGGAAGAAAAGCCGAAAAAGCGUGGACGUCAACCGAGAGGUGUUGCCAAAGAGACCGCCGUUGAAGCGGAAAAGCAGCAGGAGCAGCUUACGGAACCCGAUCAAAUGCCAUCGGAGCCGUUGAAGGCUCGCGGUGGUAGCAAGCGGAAAGCGACUGUGCCAGAACCGGCACCGGUGGUGGAAAAGCCAGCACGGAAACCGGCAGCAAAGCGUACAAAGGCGGGCGACGUGGUAGAAGAAAGCAACGGAGUGGAGGAAAAUGGUGCAAAAACCAAUGGGGAGGUGAUGGAAAAGGUCGCACCGGCUAAGAAGGGUCGAUCGACGAAAAAGGAAGCAGUGCCCGAGCAAGAAGCAUCCAGCAAUGGCACGGUGGAAGACGUCAAAGCAAAGGGGAAGAAAGCUCCUGCCAAGAGGGAAACGAAGGCGACCAAAGCUUCGAAGACAGCGGAGGAGCCUGCUGCGGUGAAGGAAAUGGUCGAAGAGGAGGAGGCUCCAGCGCCUGCUAAGCGUGGACGAACCAAAGCUAGCACCAAAAAGGAGGAAGAGCCGGAAAAGGCUGCUCCAGCGAAGCCAAAGGGACGUGGAAAAGCGAAAGAUAAGACGGAUGGCGAUGAUCAUGUCUCUGUAGAGCAUGUAGAGCCGGAAGCGUCUUCUGCUGUCAAAUCCACAGCUAAGACCGCUAAACCGACCGCAAAGGGUAGAAAGAAAGCAGCGGAGGACACUGUACCAGUUUCCACCGCACCCGAAUCUCCCCCUUCCAAGGCUGUAGAACGGCCAAAACGGACUCGAAGGGCGAUUAUCCCGCGCGUGGCUGACAACGGAGAGGCUCUGGAAGAUGCCCCCAAAAAGGCCACGAAGAAAAAGGCAGCUGCGGAAGAAGCUACGAAUGGAGACAUUCCCACUGUAACGCAACGGAAAAGGGCAAAGCCUCAACCACCUGCAGAUGAAAUGGAAGAGGACGAGGAGGAAGUACCGUCAAAGGGAAAGAAAGCGAAAGCGGCACCGGCAGCAGCAGCAGGCUCGAAAAUGAACAAAUCUGCCACCAAUUAUGGGAAGCUAAAUCUCGCCCUCGAGGAGGACAAACCGUGGAAUUUCAAAAUCUCCAGCUGGAACGUGGCCGGACUGCGCAGCUGGGUUGGCAAGGGCGGGCUCGAGUUUAUCGAGCACGAAAAGCCCGACAUCAUGUGCGUGCAGGAAACGAAGUGCACGGAGGACCAGAUGCCGGACGAGGCACGCCACAUCAAGGGCUACCAUCCGUACUGGCUGUGCAAGCCGGGCGGACAUGCGGGCGUUGCGAUCUACUCGAAAAAGAUGCCCUUCCACGUGGCGUACGGGUUGGGCGACGAGGAGCAGGACCAGGACGGGCGGCUGCUGACGGCAGAGUACGAAAAGUUCUACCUGGUGUGCGUGUACGUGCCGAAUGCGGGCAGAAAGCUGGUCAACCUGCCGAAGCGCUUGCGGUGGAACGAAAAGUUCCACCAGUACUUGCGCGAUCUGGACGCCAAGAAGCCGGUCAUACUGUGCGGCGAUAUGAACGUGGCGCACGAGGAGAUCGACCUGGCCAACCCGAAAACGAACAAGAAGAACGCCGGCUUUACGCCGGAGGAGCGCGAAGGGAUGACGGAGCUGCUGUCGUACGGGUUUGUCGAUACGUUCCGGAAGCUGUACCCCGACCGGACCGGUGCGUACACGUUCUGGACGUACAUGGGGGGUGCUAGGGCGAAGAAUGUGGGCUGGCGGCUCGAUUACUUCAUCACGUCCGAGCGGUUGGCCAGCAAGGUGACGGAUAAUGUGAUCCGCUCGCAGGUGUUCGGUAGCGAUCACUGUCCCGUGACGUUGUUUUUAAAUAUUUAAAGCGGCAGAAGCGGUUUAUAGGUUUGUUUGUGUUCGAAUAUUAUGCCUUUUUUUCGUAUUAGGUUUGUCUACUGUCGAGAUUGGUGACGCGUAAAUAAUGAAUGUCGUCCCUCGGUUAGACUACGGUGUUGGUCUACGGGGAUGGUAACCGUGA